UUUUAUGGUUUCGGCCAACCACUGAGCAAACCUGAACCUCUCAGACGAACUCCUCUAGCUUUCGCUUGGUUUGCUGGGGAUUCCUUUUUAAACAUCAAACUUGCCCCCAACACGCGACCCUCUCAAUUUAUUUCUGCCUUGUAUCAUCGAGGAUAUUUAUUCCUCACUAAUUUUACUUUUCUAUUUUCUUUCUAUUCCACCCUAACCUACCAUUAACCAACCUGCCAUCAUGUCUCGAGGAGGUACCACCCUCUACGUGACCGGCUUCAGCCACGGCACGCGUGCUCGCGACCUCGCAUACGAGUUCGAACGCUAUGGUCGCCUUGUGCGCUGUGACAUUCCUGCGCCGCGAUCCGCGAGCAGUAGACUAUUCGCAUUCGUGGAGUACGAAGAUCGCCGUGACGCUGAUGAUGCCUAUCAUGAGAUGCAUAACAAGCGCAUCGGCCGUGAUGAUCUUCUGAAGAUUGAAUGGGCCCGAACACCCCCUUCUGCGUCCUGGCGGUUUGACAGUGGCCGUGACCGUGAGCGACGCGAUCGUGGAGGUAGAUCCCCGCGACGUGGUCGUUCUCCUUCUCCCCGACGCAGCACUCGCGACUACUCUCCUCGCAAGGAUGACCGCCGCGACCGCGACCGGGAUCGUGACUACGACCGUGAUCGUCGUGAUACUCGUGACCGUUCUAGAAGCCCGGAUCCUCGUGACCGCGACCGUGACGACCGUGAUGAUCGCGACCGCCGUGACAACGGUACCAAUGGCGACGACCGUAAAGCUGUCGACAGUCCUCCCCCUCAACACGAUGACUUGGACGUUGCAGAGUGAUAAGUAUACCCGACUAUCUUAUUCCUCGGCAGUGGGUUGCAUCUGCGACGUAGUGAGGAAAAUAAGACAUCUCCUUUGUCGCGGUUGUUUUGGUUUCGCGUUUUCACUGGGCUGUAACUCAUAUUCUAGUUUCGAUUUCAUCAGUUGACCCCAGCAAUACUUGAUCUCCGACUAAUGGGGAGGCCGAAUCCGGAGACGACGCCGAUUAAGACUGCUAAGAUUUUCUAUUCGAGAGAGCCGGAAAUUACGAGGCAAGUGCAGCUAAGCUAGGUACCUAGUCUGCGACGUGCCAGGACGAUGGAUUUGCUAGUCACCUUAAUUUAGAGAAUCAACCAGAUUUCGUGAAUUACGUCCAAAUGAAUAGUGUGUAUGUUAGUGGUAUCCAAUGAAUAUAUGUAUUCCCGAA